GGUCGAGCCAACGCCUUCGGUAACCCUCGCUGUGCCGUUGCUCGAAGCACAUCUACAAAGUCAAGGGUGCCAACCCGGAACGAGCCUUCCGUCACCGACUGGCGGCCAGUUUAAUGCAAGCCCGAAUAGCGUAGCUUAUAGUACACAGUCUUCUGCGCCAUUGAUACUUUCUAUGCCCGUGCCCAACGCUUGCAACCCCGUGGGUGCCCCCACACUACCACCACCACCACCACCACCACCUGCGGCGCCAGUACACGUUAUCACUCUGGUUCCCAUUGUACCCGAAAAACAAGUCAAGCGAUACGACAGGGAUGUUAUAGUUAAAGAUGUGUAUGCAGCGUUUAAGGUUGAGAAAGGUUCUUUCGACUGUUCUGAGGAGCUUGCCACUGUAGCAGGGUGGGAGCCUCUCACGCACCCGGAAGGGGCUUUGUUCUUCUAUCAUCCAAAAGAAAGAGUUUUCACUGAUGCCGAUGUCCGAGACCAUGUAACUGCUGCCAAAUUAUGCGAAGUCGUCAAGGAAGCGCACAGAAAAGUGAAUGAAGCAAACAUCCCCAUGCCUGAACUCGUCGAGCUAGUGUUGGAGCGUAUCAUGACUGAUGGCGUAGAGAAGUGGGGCUACUAUUUUGCCGACCACGACAAACGCGUUGUUUUCUGGUUCGAAGACCACACAUCUGAUCCCCUUAUGAACAAAAUUCGAGGUGUAGAACGUAAAAGCCACGUCAGGCAUGCACUGGAAUCGCAAUACUGGAAACAUAUCGAACUAUUCCCAAACAAACGCUCCCUCCCAGAAGAUGUCGUCGUGAAACUCAAAGAAAUUGUCAUGCUCGCUCAGGCAGAAAAUAUUACUUCUGAAACAUGCCUAGCACCUUUUGCUUCGAAUGAGGUUGAUAGUAUGCUCGGCCUUGUGGAUUCGCUCAUGAGUAGUGCUAACAAAGAGCGUGAACACUCCGUGUGGAUUGCUGCCCGAUUCACGAGACUUUUCUGCAAUGCCAAGUUUGUGAAUUUUUGUGGACAACCAGGCGCCCGACUUGGUGUAGACCAAUCGUUAUACGGAAAACCCAACGUCCACUCGAAAAGGAUCCUUCGCGUCAUGAAUGUUUUUCUGUUUGGAUCAUUUGAUGCUCAGAGCAAGGCUGUUCACAGGAUUUGGGUCGAUGAAACCAUGGUUCAGCCGCGGUGGAAGAAUUUUAUCGAUAGGCUUACCACUGAAUGGAAUGGAUACACAAUAUAUUCUACUGUGAUGCUUGCGGUUGAUAUCAGCUUUCUCGCGGUCCAAUCUGUUCAGACCCAAAUGGCCGCAACUCUUCUAACAUAUCUGUCUACCCUCUGCGUCAUGGGUUCGUUAGUAGUCUCGCUGGUUUUGGCCGGACAAGUUAAUGACAGCCGACGAAGGUCUGCUGAAGAGGUGGCCUCUUUCAUGGUAGGGAUGUCGCGUUCUAUGCUUGGCCUCGAGAGCCUUGCCCUCAUGUUGAGUCUGCCGUUUUCACUCCUGAUUUGGGCAAUGGCAUUCUUUGCUGCAGCAUUGUCUGUUCUGAUUUUCCGCACUGCUGGCGUUGUCGUCGUCUCGAUUGCAUCUCCAAUUUGGUUCGCUAUAUUUUGCCUAGCGAUGUGGCUCAUGCUGGCGGCCAAUGAUUUUCACAUCUCUCACCUGAGGUCUUGGAUCAUAGAACGAGUGUCACAGGUUACCAGUCCCGUCUAGUUUGGAUAGACUGUGAUUGCAGGGAUAUUAUAUUCUGUGUCAGGAGGAGAAAAUGAAGAUGAUGAGGCUAUUUGCCAUCCAUCGACGGUUUGCCUCAUUACGGGGUCGGCUAUACUGCUUAGUAUUUCAACGGUUCUGAAUGGAAGCAUGAUACAUGAAAAAUUAUCUCAUCUUUACAUCGCGUUCUUGUGUAUUGUAAUCUCUUUGUUGGUGUUCCUCGCUAGUCUAUUU